CUCAUUCCCUCCCAUGCAUCCGGCCAGCUCACAUGGGGACUACAUGCGUUCCAGUAACUUCCCCUCGCCAAGAGCCAUUAAAUGAGAAGAACUGCCAUUAACUUCAGAGUCGCAGAGCAUUUGAAUUCUUCAACUUCAAAUACUUACUGCAUUUGUUCUGCUCCAAUUUCACAACCCUCAACUAUUUGAGAAGAAAUCAUAUCCAAUUUCUCACUCUAAGAUAUAUUGUAUUUAUCUUAAUACAAUACUCAGCAAGCUUUAAUUUGGGAGCUCGGAUGAUUCCUUUUGAGUUGCUGGACUCUCAUCCAAAGACAGGUGUGGAGGAAGCUAGAACAUCCUUUCCUGCCAGUAAUCCGAGGCUAAUCCAUUUCGAUGAUCUAUACUCAUUGACUAGAGGUGGUGUUGUGAGUAUAGAGAAGGAGGACCAUUCAGCUGAUUCAUGUAGAGGAAGGAAGCAUUACCGUCCAGGUGAAAGUGGGUUAGAAGAAGAGGGAAGGAGCAGCAAGCAGAGUGCAGCUCAUAAGGAGGAGGAUGACUUAUCAGAAGUGUUUGAUAAGGUUUUGUUGUGCACCGAUGAUAAUGAUGAUUCUCCAUCUGGAGCAGCGAAACAACAACAGAUAAGGCGAAGUGUUCGCAAGAGCCGUUCAAAUAAACGAGGAGACGGUUGUGAAAUUGUAGAUCUCCAGUCUCUUUUGAUCAUUUGCGCAAAAUCUAUUGCUGAUGCUCAGUACAGGGAUGCAGAAGAACACUUAAAGUUGAUCAGGCAGUACUCUUCGCCUACUGGUAGCGCAAACCAAAGGCUGGCACAUGCAUUUGCCGACGGUCUUGAGGCACGGCUAACUGGAACCUCACCACAAUUCUACUCUUCGUCGUCAUUUCGCAAUAAGAUCUCAAUUUCCGAAUUACAAAAAUCCUACCUGUCAUCAUCUAUGCCAUUUAUGAGGAUAGUAAUCUUCUUUGCGAAUAAAAUGAUUUACGAAGUAGCAUCAAGAGGUGCAUCCCUCCACAUUAUAGAUUUUGGCAUUCUUCUUGGUAUCCAAUGGCCCACUCUUAUUCGGGAUCUUUCACAGAGACCCGGUGG